AUGAAGCAGAAUGCUCACGUCCAGCGUUUCACCCACGCAGACAAUAGUCAGGAUGCGACACUAUACUCACGACGGCAAUACAAUACAGGAACUCGUAAGUUCCCGGAAGAGCAGUCUGAACCUCCUCAACCCAAUGAAGUGCGGUGCCUGCAGCCUUCGACAGCCGAUGUCUCCAACAAGGAGAUCGCAAGAGGUGGGAAUGAGCCCGGUAAUCGGAUCAUCAUUCCUCCCUGCAUAUCCAAAGCAGACGUGCAGGCACUCCUGAACGCGCCAUAUCAGCCUCCUGUCACGAAAGCUUCUCUGCGCGAAUUAGAUUUAACAUUGAUACAAUCGAACAUAAAUCUAAGAGUCGAUUUAAACUAUGACCAUGACCUUCACUUCACCCCCGUCUCUGGUCUCAAAGGGGAAAAGAAGAAACUGAAGGCAGUCCUGUAUUGGCAGAGCCUUGUGGCUGAAUUUCGGAUAACACAACACUACAAUUCUCUCCAGACAUGCAGUGAGUGUAAAGCGAUAUCUAAGUCUGGUGGAGAUGUAAGCACUGUUGAGAGUAAAUUUUAUCCCAGACUUCCAGACUUAUUCCUCAAUCUCAAGGAGCUGUUGACCAUCUUAGUCCCCGAUAGAGAUCAAGAUCAGAUAUCAGAGUACCUUGACAUCCCUUUGCUUACCCAGAUGGCUACCUAUGGCGUCAUAAAUGUGGUGGGCUUAGGGAAAUGGUUAUGCGAGCUUCUUACUACCCACUGUGCGCCAAUGCGCGAUAUUUAUGCGCAAGAGAUGGCGGAAAAGAUCAGAGAGGGGUUUGAACAGGGCUCCAUGGAGGCGCUCGUGGAUGGUAUCAAGAAGCUGUUUGACUUCCUGGAGGCCAUGAAGCUUGACGUGGCCAACCAUCAAAUUCGCAGCUUUCGUUAUCAUCUCAUCGAAGACACGGUUGCAUUUCAGAAAGAUCAUUUUCGGGUUCGCAUUCGAAACAAGAGAUUCAACGUGAAAGAGCCCAGAAAAUGGUUCCUGAAGAAUGUCAACGGGCACCAUCAAAGUUGCAAAAACGGCGACGAAUUCGCGCGCACGACACCUUUGCACGCGAUGCUUCACGGUCUCGUUGACCUCUGCGUGAAUGCCGAUUCCAACUUCCCAGAGACCCUUAAACACGACGUUCCUCGUCUGGGCGCGAUGCGAGACCAAAUACAAGACAUCAUACACAUCAACAUCUGUCUACUAGUGUUUGACGAACAGAUUAAGCGGCUGGUGGGUUCACGAUUCAACCCUUCCGAUCUACAUCCUAUCUUGGGGACCCGCAUCAAGGAUCUUCAAAGUCGGAUAUUGGACUUGACCGACGGACACAUGAACCCCAACGAGACAAUGGCGCAGAUGUGGUCUCAACACUGCGGGGCAAUCGCGCUGGAGCUCACGAACGCAGCCUUCAGUGUCUGCAAACGCGUGGGGUGUUUUCUUCCCGACUCGGAAAUUGAAACCACAGCAAGAAACUUACAGAUGCAAUUUGAUGAUGAAAGAUUGAAUGGUUGUCGAGCACAGGAAUUUGCCACAGUCCUGGAGGGAGCUGCACAGGCGCAUGCACACGUCUUCGACAACAUGACGACCUUGAACAUCUCGGAAAUACAGAAGCGUCACCACAAUAUUCGACAAGGGAGUCAGCAUGAGUUCCAACAGUGGCGACAGAUGCCGACUGAGGAUGAUAUGGCUAGAAAACUGGCCCACAUUGCGGUCAUUCACAUGCGAGUUUGGGCGGAUAUGGUGUAUUUGACAGCCGAUGGCGAGCAAGAUGUGGGCGUUGAGGUUGAAUAG